GCUACAUGAGUGGUGAUCUUCACAUUUUUCAAUCUAUCAUUGAUCCAUUUCUGAUAAACAAAAAACUAAAAUAAAAUAAAUUUCUGAACAAAAAAAAAAUGACAUCAUGCUGUGUUCUUCUUUGCGAGAUCCUACUUUCCAUAUUAUUACCUCCACUGGGUGUUUGUCUGCGUUACGGUUGUUGCACUGUUGAAUUCUUUAUAUGUUUGGUGUUGACUAUUCUGGGUUAUCUUCCUGGAAUAAUUUACGCUCUCUAUGCUAUCCUUUGUGUCAACCCAGAUCAGUAUUAUGGUGACCGAUAUGUCAGGCUUGCUUAACAUAUGGUUUAAUGGUCUUUGUUUUUUUUUUAUGUGAAGUUGUGUGAUCUGUUUGUGAUCAUGUUUGGUUUAGUUUCCCUAUGUUGGAGGGAGGCGAUGCCGCGCAAAACACGUUUAUGGUUUAUACAGUUGUACAUUGUCUGGUGUAUUAUUCGUAUUUGUUGUUAAUGGUUAAGAUUUAUAAUCUACAUAUGUCUCAUUCCUAUGUUUAA